AUGAGUAGCCAUUCUGGGGUUAUUAAAAAGGUCAAGAUUACAGAAGAGCAUGCUGUAUUGAGUAUUGAAGAGCAAGAAAUAAAGAAACAAGAAGAACAGUUGGCAAUUGUUAAGGAACUUAGAAGCUCAGAAGUCUGGCAUGAAGCCAUUCCCUACAGCUACAUGACACCUUCAGCAAUCAGACAUUCACUUACGGCAACAACACUUCGUGGGACACACAAAAUUUUGCGUCGACCACUCAAAUUCUUAAAGGAUAAUCCAAGCGAGUGUAUCGUUAUUGUUUACCUUGGUGAUCAUUUGUGCGGAAACAAUGGGAUUCACAAUGGAUUAUUGGCCACCUUACUUGAUGAACAGCUAGCUUAUGUGUCUCUCCCUAAUUUACCUAAUUUCACUGGUUUUACUGCGAAUCUGGAUAUAAAUUACUUUGAAACAGUUGGACCAAAUCAAUGGAUUGUAAUUCGUGGUAUUUUAGACAAAGUUGAAGGCCGCAAGGCAUUUGCGAAUGCGUGGAUAGAAAAUCUAGAGGGUGUACGAAUGACAGAAGCCAGAUCCUUAUACAUUAGUCCUAAAACCCAAUAA